GUGGGUUGCUAGCGGCCGCCAGAGCUCAGUGCGCAGCGCGGCGGCCCAGACCCGGGACGGACAAACCGGCCACUGGAAGACGGCCACGGUCACCGCCUGGGUGGAGAUGCCCCAGCACGCGAUGGGGGACAAGCCCUUUGCCUCCAUGCCGCAGCUGGUCUGCCCCGUGGCCCUGGACGACGGGGGUGACUGCACCCCCCCCAGCAGGCGGGCGUCCCUGGGCUCACCCCUGAGCCUGGGUGCCCUGCGCCCAGCCCCCCAUGGCCCGCCGGACUCCUGCAGCCAGCCGCUGUGCCAGCCCAGGGCCCAGAAGCACGGCGGCCGGGCGGCCCCCUCGGCGCGGUACACGGCCGUGGGGCCCCAGAGCUCCGAAUGCGGCUGGCGGGCCUUCGCCCCCGCGUGCCUGCAGGCCUUCAACACGCCACGGGGCUUCCUGCUCUUCCUAUCGGCGGCCUCCUUCCUGCAGGGCAUGACCGUGAACGGCUUCAUCAACACCGUCAUCACCUCUGUCGAGCGCCGCUUCGACCUGCACAGCUACCAGAGCGGCCUCAUCGCCAGCGCCUACGACCUGGCCGCCUGCCUGUGCCUCACCUUCGUCAGCUACUUCGGCGGCAGCGGGCACAAGCCGCGGUGGCUGGGCUGGGGCGUGCUGGUCAUGGGCGUCGGCUCGCUGGUGUUCGCGCUGCCCCACUUCGCCACGGGCCCCUACGAGGUGGAGGUGGACGAGGACCUCGGCGCAUGCCCGGCCAACCGCAGCAGCGUGGUGUGCGGGGGCCAAGCUGCAGGCCCGUCCGGCUACCAGCUGGUCUUCAUGCUGGGACAGUUCCUGCACGGCGUGGGCGCCACACCGCUGUACACGCUGGGCGUCACCUACCUGGACGAGAACGUCAAGGCCAGCUACUCGCCCGUCUACAUCGCCAUCUUUUACACGGCGGCCAUCCUGGGCCCCGCGGCCGGCUACCUGAUCGGAGGCGCCCUGCUGAACAUCUACACGGAAAUCGGCCGACGGACCGAGCUGACCACCGAGAGCCCGCAGUGGGUCGGCGCCUGGUGGGUGGGCUUCCUGGGCGCCGGGGCUGCCGCCUUCCUCGUUGCGGUCCCCAUCCUGGCCUACCCGCGGCAGCUGCCAGGCUCCCAGCGCUACGUGGUGGUCAGGGCCUCCGAGACGCACCAGCAGAAGGACAGCGGCCACCGGGCGGCCAGCAGCCCCGACUUCGGGAAAACCAUCCGCGACCUGCCUCGCUCCGUCUGGCUCCUCCUGAGGAACCCCACGUUCAUCCUGCUCUGCCUGGCCGGCGCCACGGAGGCCACGCUCAUCGCCAGCAUGUCCACAUUUGGCCCCAAGUUCCUCGAGUCCCAGUUCAGCCUGAGCGCCUCCGAGGCCGCCACCUUGUUCGGGUACCUGGUGGUGCCGGCGGGCGGGGGCGGCACCUUCCUGGGCGGCUUCUUCGUGAACAAGCUGAAGCUCCGGGGCUCCAGCAUCAUCAAGUUCUGCCUGGCCUGCACCCUGACCAGCCUGCUGGCCACCCUGGUCUUCCUCGCACACUGUCCCAACGUGCCCAUGGCCGGCGUGACGGCCCACUACAACGGCAGCGCCUUGCCCGAGGGCCACCUGGAGCUGGUGGCCGCCUGCAACGCCAACUGCAGCUGCCGGGCAGAGCACUACAGCCCUGUGUGCGGCUCCGACGGGCUCACCUACUACUCCCCGUGUCUCGCGGGGUGCCAGGGCGAGACCGCGCCCGGCCCGGGCGGCCAGAAGGUGUACCGACGCUGCCGGUGCGCGCUCCGGAACCUGCCCUCCGGCCCCGGCCACGCGGCCGCAGGGAAAUGCCCGGCCACCUGCAGGAGCAAGCCCCUGCUUCUGGUGCUCAUGUUCGCUGUGAUUGUCUUUACGUUCCUCAGCAGCAUCCCCGCGCUGACGGCGACACUGCGGUGCGUCUGUGACCAGCAGAGGUCCUUCGCGCUGGGAAUCCAGUGGAUCGUGGUUAGAACUCUAGGGGGCAUCCCGGGGCCCAUCGCCUUCGGCUGGGUGAUUGACAAGGCCUGCCUGCUGUGGCAGAGUCAGUGCGGCCGGCAGGGCUCCUGCUUCCUGUACCAGAACGCCGCCAUGAGCCGCUACAUGCUCAUCGCCGGGCUGGUGUACAAGGCUCUGGGUUUCCUCUUCUUCGCCGCUGCGUACGUGCUGUACAGGCCCCCGACGGCGUCUUCCCACGGCCUGGAAGUCUCUCUGCCCAGCCAGUCCUCGGCCUCCGACAGCCCCUCGGACCUCCAGCUCCAGAGCAACGUCUGAUGCCCACUCGCCGGCUCGGGGCCUAGGCCAGCACUCGGCAGUCCCUGGAAACACCAUCUAGCUGCUGCCCGGAAGGGCCGACCCUCACUGACCGCUCACCCAGCACUGAGCAGGGGGCCCUUCACACAUCUCCCAUUAGAUUUGGGGCGGGGGGCUCGAGCCAGGGGGGCUGUGCGUAUCUGAGCCCAGAAGGCAGCGAGGAGAAGGCAGGCAAAGCACACUGAAGUGCCUGCAGAGAAGCACAGGGACGGGGGAGGCGGCCCGGCGUGCCCACCCUGCCGCCGUACACGCCCCCUGCCCACCGCUGUCCGGCCGUUUCACACUCUGGGUCUUUCCCAGUGGACACAGCCGGACGGCAUCACCCAGGGCCUCCGGAGCCCGAGACGCAGGAACAGCCCAGCUUGUAAAUCAGCCUGUGCCUUUCCGACUUAGCGCUGUCAGUUGUCGUAGGCACCAGCAGGGCCGUCUCGGACCGAGCCGCCGCCCCGCUCUCCGGGGUCUCUGUCCACGGCUGAGCGAGCAGCUGGCGACUCACCCGUUGGGCUCGGCCAUCCGUGUGCGCCCGGGGCCUGCUCAGUUCUCGUGGACGAGACAGGCUGGUGUGGCUGCCCCGUGGGGAAGGGCAGGCGUGGGCCCGGCGUGGGCGCUGGCGGCUGGGCGGCCCCUCUGAGCCAGUCCAGUGCAGCGCCGCGGCCUCCUGAGUUGUCCUGACGCAGGGGAGGCCGGCGGGAGGCCGUUUCCCACGGUGGGAUCCCCCGGGGGCUGGUUCCUGGUUCAAACCUGCUGUCACCCCCCCCUGCAUCCUUGCCAUGUGACCUGCAACGGGACAGGAGCAGGCUGCAUAAUCGUAUAUUUAUUGACCCAUAUUUUGCAGAAACACUUAUUUCUAGAAUCUGGUUUUUACCUGUGGAUUUUGCCUGAGGGAGUCGGACCUCUG